AUGAAACACUCUGUAUUACUUCUGCUUCCCUGCAUUGUCUCUUAUUGCAUUGGGCAAAUUAAUGGAUAUUCAAUUGAUCUCAAGGAAGCACACGACAGUACUGAGAGACUCAGAGAAUAUUUUAACUCUAUGGAUCAGGAUGACAAAGAAUAUGGUGUUGUCUUUUUGGAGUUAUUGAACACUUGGAAGGAGGAAGGGGAGAAAAAACUCUUAUUGAGUCAGAUUGUCCCCAUGUAUUUGAAAAUGUUGGAAUCUAUCAAAACCACUGAACUGCAAGAUGUCAUUAAAAGCAUUAGAAAUAUGCUCCGUGGGCCAAAUGAACUUUUGAAACAAAGUGAAAAAAAACUUAAAAGUCUUCAUGAAUUAAAGACAGUUAAGUUGACAGACACCAAAGUUCAGCAUGCUGCAAUCAAGGAACUUUUUUUUGUUCUCCGAGAACUCUCACAUUUGGAAAAACCACAAAACGUCGUCCCCAAAAAAAUGAAAAGAACAAGCCUACGCAGAAGACGAGGAAGUCAAAACUAA